AUGAGGGCUGGUGUUGAUAUCUUUGCUCUUGACUAUGAUGCUAUUAUUGCUGCCAUUCCUUGCCCAGUCCACCACUGUGCUCCCUUUCCGGCGGUUCCGUCUGGCUCGUUGUCGGGUUUCCACCUCCCCUCGUUCUCGACGAACCUGGUGAGCAACGCUGUCAUCCAGGAUCAGUGGGUUGACACCUUUACCCCUAGAGGACAGCGUGUGGCGAUCUGCACGUGCUCCAGGACCGGCCGUCACCUGGCCACGUUUACCCGUCGGCCGGGGUCGAGUCUCUACACACUGACCACUGCGUCUCCUCAGGUCGCUUCUGUCCGUCAGGUGUCCGCGUCAGGUCUAGUGGCCCACGCCUGUGAGUGUCGUUCCCUGUCGCACCAGACUCUUCUCUGGCACCACCGCCUGGGUCACCCCUCCUUGCCACGCCUCCGUGGCAUGCACCGUCGCCGCCUUGUGUCUGGUCUUCCCAGGUCCCUCCCUCCCCUCCCUGCCUCGCCUGCGCCACCCUGCCUUCCUUGCGUCGAGGGGCGGCAGCGCGCCGCUCCUCACUCCUCCUCGUUCCCCCCGACAGAGGCUCCUCUGCAGACCCUCCACCUGGACGUGUGGGGCCCAGCCCGCGUUCGUGGCCAGGGCGGUGAGCGGUACUUUUUGCUGGUUGUCGACGACUACUCGCGUUACACCACGGUCUUCCCCUUGCGCACCAAGGGUGAGGUCCCUGCUGUUCUGAUCCCUUGGAUCCGCACAGUUCGUCUCCAGCUCCGCCGCCGUUUCCGGACGGAUCUUCCUGUCCUGCGUCUGCACUCUGACAGAGGUGGUGAGUUUUCCUCCGAUCUCUUGAGGACCUUCUGUCAGGCGGAGGGCAUCGAGCAGACCUUCACGCUUCCGGACUCCCCACAGCAGAAUGGGGUUGCUGAGCGCCGCAUUGGCCUGGUCAUGGAGGUCGCUCGUACCUCCUUGGUCCACGCGGCGGCUCCCCAUUUUCUGUGGCCGUUUGCUGUCCGGUACGCCGCGCAUCAGCUCAACCUCUGGCCCCGUGUCUCCUUGCCGGAGACCUCGCCCACACUGCGUUGGACGGGGGAGGUUGGCGAUGCGUCGCGCUUCCGGGUGUGGGGUGCUCGUGCCCUUGUCCGCGAUACGUCCGCGGACAAGCUCUCCUCCCGCACACUUCCCUGUGUCUUCCUUGGCUUUGUCCCUGACGCGCCGGGCUGGCAGUUUUACCACCCCACCUCGCGCCGGGUCUUCGCCUCUCAGGACGUCACCUUUGACGAGUCGGUCCCUUUUUACCGUCUCUUCCCCUACCGCACUGCCCCCCUCCCUCCCCCGCCGCUUUUCCUUGCUCCUGGUCCCCCUCCGGUAGACCCCCUUCCCCCUCAGGGUCCUGCUCCUUCAGGUGUCUCUCAGGUAGACCCUCCUCCCGUCGCUGAGCCUGUCGAGGUCACAGGGUACUGA